AUGUUCCUGGUGCCAACACAACAACCUCACAACUUUGUUGAUAACCACGCCUCUCUUCACUCCUCCAACGCUCGACUUGGCUCCGAGGCGACCCUAGACACGCUCCUCAGCUCCCCAAGCUCUAUGGACCGCAGUGCACCGGAGUACUCGCAGUCAGGUUUGCCCUCGCCCUAUCCAAGCAACUUCGGCGACAGCAAUUCUGAAGAGUCGACCGCAGAUCACGCGUCUGCUGCGCAAUACCCGGUCAAGCAGGAAGUCAACUACUCAACGUCGGCCACUCCUACUUCCGAGUACGGCGUCUACCCUCAGUCCGCGCGAUCAGGAUCUUUCCCAGAGCACAUCCAGCGUUCAUACCAUCCAGCCAGCAGCACCAGCAGCGGCGGUAUGGCGCAACAACAGAACAGUCCGUCUAUGCCCCAGCAGGAUGGGCGAAACCAUCAAGCCCACCCGGUCAAGUCUGACAACGAUGUACCUAUAGAUCCGUCCAUCGCCGCGCCGAGUCCGACUUAUCCCUACGGGCAGCACUCACCUUACGCGCCCAACCCAGACAUGUCGCAUAGCUACUCUCAUCCCAGCGGUGGCAUGUACGCCCAGCCGCGACCAGACUGGGGAGGUUACGGACAGCACGGAGGUGCGCCGUUGACUCCCGGCCACCCUGUGUACGCCCAGUCGCCUGCCUCGGCCCCUCCUCAACAAAGACCCAACCAGGUGUACUCAUUUGUCCCAAUUCCUGGCGCACAACAGCACAAGCGACCUCGACGACGAUAUGAGGAAAUUGAGCGAAUGUACAAGUGUGGAUGGAAUGGUUGCGAGAAGGCCUAUGGCACUCUUAACCACCUCAACGCCCAUGUCACCAUGCAGUCUCAUGGACAGAAGCGAACCCCUGAGGAGUUUAAGGAGAUCCGCAAGGAGUGGAAACAGCGAAAGAAGGAGGAGGAAGCCCAGCGCAAGGCUGAGGAAGAGCGCCAACGCCAGGCUGCUCAGGCGGCCGCUGCCCAGAACGGCGGCGACCCUCAGGCCGGCCCCGAUGGAGCUCCCGCCUCUAGCUAUCCCGGAUCGCGACCAGUUCAGCUGCCUCCUAUCGGUUACCAACCCGCACAGUACCCUCCCCCUCCUUCGGCGGGAGUUCCCCAGCAGUCUUUGCCAGACUACAACAACCAUAUGUACCCCAAUUACCAGCCCCACUCGCCUUAUGCUCAACCCAGCCAGGGAAUCUACAGCCAAUGUAAGUUGAACUCAUGGAGGUGA